AUGGACCUCAACGAUCUCCAUCCAGCGGAUGACCAUAGCCAUCGUUUCUUCAUAUGGCACGAGUGGAUUCAGGCGAAUGGCCCUCUCACAUCCGAGAAUGUUUUCGACUACUUCUCCACCUCCAUGUUUUACGACAAACAGAGUAAUAAUCAAGUGCUGCGCAUGCAGACGGUUCAUACUGGCAAGCCAAUCGUGAACGAGGCGGAAGAGCUCAAGCGCUUCACUGGCAUCGAGUUCACAGUUGUCCACGCUCAGCCUCCGACCCUGUUUAUAAUCCAUAAAAGGGAGCGUCUUUCCCCUGAUGAUGUUCGCAUCCUUGCGGUCUACUUCGUCACGAACAAUCGAAUUUAUCACUCUCCAGACAUCUACACCGUGUUCUCGAACCGUUUGCUCACGUCCCUCUAUUCGAUGCAAACCUCCCUCGAUAUCUUGCGCAAAUAUAGGCCAGACUAUACUCCUCGCACUGGCUUUGCGUGGCCGGUCAUGAUGCCCGAAGAGACCAGCAAAAAGCGGCGUGUAGACGAGGCGGCCACACCCGCUGGUUCUCAGCCUGUCCAGUCCAGCGAACCUCAACCACAGGCCGGCAGCACCCAAACCACACUCGACAAAGAGAAGGCAGCCGUAGCCGCCUCCGCUAGCAACAAACAGCAGAACAUGUCACUGUUGCUCAACGCAAUGCGCACAACAGCAGUGCACUCCCAUAAGACCUUCGCAUUGCAGAUGGAACAGUCCGCUGCUGAACAGACGGCAACUGACGAGCCCAUGUCAGCGUCUUCGAGCUUGCCUUCGGCACUUCCGACUUCGGUAGGAACUCCUCAGGCAUCCAUCAGUACCGCUGCACCUGCGGAGAUACCCGUUGUGAGAGCUCCUCAAGGUGCAGGGAAGAAGAAAAAGAAACGGAUGUCUAUUCCUGCCCCAGCAAACCCCUGA